ACAACUGCCAGAGCCAAACGAAUGUACCCUGCCAAGAAAGAGUCUUCUCCUUCCGCCGCACAUUCAAGCGACCGCCGCUGACCUCCGAUCUCAAUUGUGGCAACAUCGGCUCCAAUACCCACAAGCCCAAGAAAUCAAUGACGCGCUGGGUCUUCACAUUCUGGGUUCUUCAGCUCUGCUUCCUACACCUUGCCGAUGCUACGCACUCGAGCAACGAGACGGAUCGGCUGGCGUUGCUCGAGUUCAAGUCCAAGAUUUCCGACGACCCUUUGGGAGUUUUGAGCUCGUGGAAUGAUUCCGCUCAUUUUUGUCUUUGGGGCGGCGUGUCCUGUUCCAUACGGUACUCCCGAGUCACGGUCCUGGAUCUGAAUUCCAGUAGGCUCUCUGGCUCCAUUUCUCCACACAUCGGCAAUCUCACCUUCCUGAAGAAGCUCGAUCUCAGCAACAACACAUUCCACGACGCAAUCCCGCCCGAAAUUGGCCGGCUACGUAGAUUGCGGACUCUGUUUCUAUACAACAACUCGUUGGGCGGCGAGAUUCCGUCCAACAUCUCGGGAUGCUCUGCUCUGGCCGAGGUCCAUGUCAGAAAUAACAAACUGGUGGGAAGCCUACCUCGGCAGCUCGGCUUCUUGUAUGGGCUUCAAUUCUUUCACGCAGGAGGAAACCGUCUAACAGGGAGCAUCCUUCCUUCUUUCGGCAACUUGACAUCUAUCCGGAUCCUAGCAUUAGGCGAUAACCAAUUGAGUGGAAGAGUUCCUGAGGCUCUAGGACAAUUGAAGAAGAGCCUUGAGGAACUGCUGCUGCAUCGUAAUUACUUAAAUGGUGAAGUUCCCGCUUCCAUCUUCAAUCUUACUUCUCUUACAGUUCUCUCCUUGGGAGAGAAUAGACUCCAAGGAAACCUUCCAUGGAAUCUAGGAACAUUACUUCCGAAUCUUGAGAAUUUUUACGUGCCCUUUAACCAACUCACGGGUAGUCUUCCACCUUCUUUGUCCAAUGCCUCGAAUAUGGUCCAACUUCAACUGCAAGUCAACAAGUUUACAGGGAGUGUGCCUAGUAUGGCUAGCUCUCACAACCUUCUGCGUUUAAACAUUGCCGAAAACUUUCUUGGAAGUGGCAAGGUUAAUGGUGAUGAUUUGGGUUUCCUUUCUACCUUGACAAAUGCAAGAAAAUUGCAAGCCCUGGUCAUCAGCACCAAUAAUUUUGGAGGCAGCCUACCGGAGCAAGUUGGCAACUUGUCAUCCAACCUUGAGAUACUUGUGUUGGAUGACAAUCAAAUAUCAGGAAGCAUCCCAGAGGGCUUACGAAACAUGUUCAACAUGCAGUGGUUUUGGGCAGAUAAGAACAAACUAUCAGGUACAACAAUACUAUCCAUUAUCGGGAACAUGCAAAGCUUAGUGCAGUUGCGUUUGGACAACAACAACAUUGCAGGAUAUAUUCCUUUGUCUAUUGGAAACUUGGAUAAAUUGCUCGUAUUGCGCUUGGCGAAUAACCAUCUAGAAGGAGAAAUUCCUACAUCUAUUCAGAACUGUAGAAGUUUGAUACUUUUGGACUUAUCAAACAACGAUCUAAGUGGUGUGAUUCCCCCACAACUCAUGGGUCUUACUUCCUUAUCAAUGAACUUGAACUUGUCUCAUAAUCAUUUUGUUGGCAGCAUCCCCAUCGAAGUGGAAAAUCUGAAGAACUUGGGUUCAUUGGAUCUAUCCUAUAACAUGUUAUCAAACAACAUUCCAAGUAGCCUUGGUAAAUGUGUCAGCUUGGAGUUUGUGCAAUUGCAAGCUAACCUCCUCAGAGGAACAAUUCCUUCGUCUUUGGAUUCAUUAAGAGGUAUUCGACUAUUUGAUGUUUCAAGCAAUAACUUAUCUGGUCAAUUUCCCAUAUUCUUUGAGCAAAUGAAUUCUCUACAAUUAUUGAAUUUGUCUUAUAACAAGUUUGAGGGUGAAGUGCCAGCGACGGGAGUUUUGAAUAAUAGCAGAAUCAUUUCAGUCAUUGGAAAUGUCAAUCUUUGUGGGGGAUUCGCUGAACUUAACCUUCCACAUUGUAGUUUCAGACAACCAAAGAAGAGAUUGAGCUAUAAGUGGAAAGUUUUUAUAUCAACCAUCUGUAGUAUCGUGCUCUUGUUCUUUCUUGGGACUUGCUUGCUUGUCUUUUGGAUGAAAAGGAAAGGUAAACUACAUGUAGUUUCCAGUGACGAUGAUUUCGACACUCGAGUAUCUUACCAAAGUCUCCAUAAAGCUACAAACGGUUUCUCCACAACAAAUCUUAUUGGUGUAGGCAGCUUUGGUUCCGUGUACAAGGGAGUUGUUAACAUUAAUGGAAAAGAGACCACAAUAGCUGCCAAGGUAUUCAACCUUCAGCGUCGUGGAGCUUCCAAGAGUUUCAUGGCAGAAUGUGAAGCAUUAAAGAAUAUCAGACACAGAAAUCUUGUGAGGAUAUUGACAGUAUGUUCAGGUGUUGAUUAUCAAGGGAAUGAUUUCAAGGCUCUAGUCUAUGAGUUUGUGGUUAAUGGAAGUUUGGAAAAUUGGUUGCAUCCAGUGGAAAGUGUUGAUGACCCUCCAAGGACUUUAACAUUCCGUCAACGGGUGACCAUUGCAAUUAAUGUUGCUUCUGCACUAGAUUAUAUUCAUAACCUCUAUGAAACGCCUAUUGUUCAUUGUGAUAUUAAACCCGACAAUGUUCUCCUCGAUGAGCAUAUGGUUGCUCAUGUUGGUGAUUUCGGAUUAGCAAGGUUUCUUGAAUCAUCAAUUGAGAAUCUCUCUUCUGGUGGCGAGAAAUCUAGCUCCAUUGGCAUAAAAGGGACUGUGGGCUAUGCGCCUCCAGAAUAUGGCAUGGGAAAUGAAAUUUCAGUUGAAGGCGAUAUGUACAGUUACGGGAUCCUCCUACUUGAGAUGUUCACAAGAAGAAGGCCAAUUAAUGAAUCUUUAAAAGACAGUUUAAACCUCCAUAAUUUUGUGAAUGCUGCUUUAUUAGGACAAGGAUCAACACUUGCAGAAGUUGUGGAUCCAACUCUACUCAAUGAGCUACUACUUGGUCGAAUCUCGGAGAAAGCUCUAAUUUGCAUGCUUGAAAUUGGUGUUGCUUGUUCUUUCGACUCUCCGCAAGAGAGAAUAAGUAUCAGUGAAGUUUUGUCAAGGCUAAACAAGCCACUUGUUUGAUGGAAUUGCUCAAAUUCUAAACUUAAAGGUGUUCAACUUGCAACUCUUAUCUGCAUCUUUGGUCUUUGAGUCUUAUAUUUGGUAAUUGAUGUUAUUUUGCUAAUGGAAACUAUUCACUGUACAUGGCAGCACUUAUGUGAGUUGUAUUUGGGCAAUAAAAUUAUUUCUGGGUCUAUAUAUAUAGACAAUUGUAUUAAAAUGUCAAAUAAUUACAAGUAAGACCCACUUAAUAGAGUGGUUUCCAAAUAAUUUUUACCUGUAAGUAUUUGAGUUGCAUAAUUUUCUUACAUACAAAGAUACAUUGCAAGUAUUAAGGAAAGAUAAUAAGUUUAUUUAAUUAAUUACAGUAUUGCAC